AUGGCGGCUGCUUCUGCUGCUGUUGAUCAAACUCCCGAACUUCCACAUCUUCUUCCUCCGACUCCUCCGGCACCCUCCCCGUCCCUCCGCCGACUUCCAUUUACCAUGCUUGUUUUACGAAGAGCUGUCAAGACGGUAUGGAGUCUACCUGAAGUUAUGGGGGUUUCAUGUGGGUUUAUGCUAGUUAUGCUUCUUUGGUUGGCACUGUGGUCCUUUGGAGUAGCUGGUGUUGUAGCUUUAAGCUUAGGUGACAGUGGGCGCUGGUGGCUUCUUUUGGUUUUCUCUAUCAGUUUGUUCUGGACUGGAGCGGUUCUUUGUAACAUCGUUCAUGUUAUAGUAUCAGGAAUGGUUUUUCUUGUUCUUAUUCAUGGUGGUCGAGAUGUAGAAUCAAUGCCUUCCACGCCACUUGUGAAUUCGUUGCAGUUUGCUAUGACAAAAUCUUUUGGCAGCAUUUGCUAUGGAUCACUGUUUACAGCUGCUAUUCGGACAUUGCGCUGGGAGAUUAGGGGAAUCAGGUCAAAGAUUGGAAAUAACGAGUGUUUACUCUGCCUUGUGGAUUUCCUGUUUCAUUUGGUGGAGACUUUAGUUCGAUUUUUCAACACGUAUGCUUAUGUCCAGAUUGCAGUUUAUGGUAAAAACUUCAAUCACUCAGCUAGAGAUGCCUGGGAGUUAUUUCAAUCAACAGGUGUCGAAGCACUUGUUGCCUACGAUUGUUCUGGUGCUGUUCUACUAAUGGGCACUGUCUUGGGUGGGCUCGUGGUUGGAACUUGUUCCGGAGUUUGGACAAGGAUUCACCAUCCAGACAGGGUGAUAAUGGUGGGAUCUACAGCCAUGUUAAUAGGAAUGAUUGAAGAUCCGUUGUUGAUACACAGGUGGGAUGCAGAUUUUUUCCACCAGAUGUCAGAGACGCUUCACCAACGCCUUCAACACAGGAGUGCAAGGGCAAGGGAAGUGCUGCGUAGAUUCGACGGUCAAACACAGCAAACACUAGCUGCUUGAGGCUUCCAUUUUGUACUAGCUGCAUAGGCUAACUGUUUAUAGCUAGUGACCCAUACAGUUAUAAAUGCACCCUUACCAAUUUCCGUCUUACCAAUUUUAUUUUGAUCA